AUGUUCACACCAAUCCACACCUCUCUAGGUGCCCUCCUGCUAUUCCAAGGCUCCUCGGGCCUCCUACUUCACAACGGAGCCGUUUUUGGAAUCUCCUCGCUUCUCGCAGGGAGUGUUUUCAACCCGAGUCGCUAUAACUUGCCCAUUAUUGCAGGACUUGUGUCCAGUGCAGUUCCGAUUUACUGGCUGGCCCCGUCGUUGUUACCCACGUAUCCUGCCGCUCCAAGCUCGUGGGCUUCCAUAGCAUCUACAUUGGGUGUUGGAUUUUUGUUGGGAUGGGGAACUAAGAAUGGCCGUGGUUGCACUUCAGGCCACAUGCUCUGUGGCCUCUCUCGCCUGUCGCCUCGUUCAUUGAUCGCAACAGUCGUCUUCUUUACUACUGCUCUACUCACAGGCAAUUUCGUCAACGGAGGCCAGAACAUUCCUGCCUGUGCAAAUGGUAUCCCUUGCUACACCGCGGUCUACCCAUCUACCUCCGAACUCGGAUUUAUGGCAGCCGCAACUGUCCUCACCGGCAUCAUCAACUACUUAAUCGUCCCCAAGUCACUUAACCGAUCGGAGGAAUCCCAGACGGUCUUUUCGUAUCUGGCGGGUCUAGAGUUCGGUCUGGGUCUGUUUAUCUCCGGAAUGGCGGAUCCCGCGAAAGUACUCCGCUUCUUUGCGUUCCUUACGGAUCCUUCCCGGUUCGAUCCUUCGCUGGCUCUGAUUAUCCUAUUUGGAAUUGGUCCGUCGCUUAUCACAUACCUAUCUGCGAAACCCGGACAACAUGGAGAUAAAGAUGACGGCAAGCCUGCCAAGCCUACCCUCGCCGAACAAUGGAGACUUCCUACUGCUACUGUGGCGGAUAUUGACUGGCGGUUCGUGACUGGUGCUAUGGCAUUCGGGCUUGCUUGGGGAUUACGAGGUGUUUGCCCGGGACCUGCAGUUUUGCGGGCGGUGUUGCAGCCGACUUGGGGUGUUGUAGAGAUGGCGGGAUAUAUGUUGGGGAACCUGGUGUGA